AUCUGUCCCCUUUUUGAAGGUUGAGUUUCUUUCGCUUCUCAACCUUUUGUUAGCAUCUAUUACAUGAUGAUACUCAUCUACUUGUGCAAAUGGGGAUUGGAUUCUUGGUCUGAAGGGAGCAGGAGGGUUAAAAUGGUAAAUUAGGUUCAGCAUCUCUACAAUCGUCUACACGCAACUAACCGCCAUUACAAGAACAACAUAGCAGACGUUGCAACAGCGUGAGCCAUGAAAUGUUUUUCUUUGCUCUCUCUCUCUUCAAUGUAUUGAUUUAAUUGUUCAACUGCAUUGAUUCGCUUCAUGAUUCUUCCUCACCCCAACAACGGAACAACCUCCUUCUUCACCCUUCUCCACCAAUCACCUUUUCCUCUCAGGACAAAUGUUGCGCCGAAGCUUCUCGAAGCUCCACCUCAGUCUCAGAGCUCCGGGUUUAGGGUUUCCGACGCGAUCGUUCUCGCGCGACGCCGGGAAGAGGUUCGCGGCAUUGUGGGGGAACGGUGAUUACGGGAGAUUGGGUCUUGGCAACUUGGAUUCGCAAUGGAAACCCGUUGUCUGCCCCGCGUUCCGCAACAAAACCCUAAAUGCCAUUGCUUGUGGCGGUGCUCACACCCUCUUCUUAACAGAGGAUGGAUGCGUUUAUGCUACUGGUCUUAAUGAUUUUGGACAGCUUGGUGUAUCAGAAAGUAAACACUACUCGGUGGAGCCACUUUGUGUUUUUGGAGAGGAGAAGAAAGUUGUGCAGAUCUCUGCUGGUUAUAAUCAUUCUUGUGCGAUUACAGUGGAUGGAGAGCUAUACAUGUGGGGAAAGAACACAAGCGGGCAGCUUGGACUAGGAAAAAGGGCUCCAAACAUAGUGCCUUUGCCAACUAAAGUGGAAUACUUGAAGGGAAUCAACAUUAAAAUGGCAGCUCUGGGUUCAGAGCACUCAGUGGCUAUUAGUGAUGGUGGAGCGGCCUUUAGUUGGGGAAUUGGAGUGUCCGGUAGACUUGGUCAUGGUCAUGAGUCAAGCGUCCUAGGAUUCUUCAAAAGUUACAGUGAGUAUACCCCAAGGCUUAUAAAGGAUCUUGAAGGAAUCAAGGUAAAAUACGUAGCUGCUGGGUUGCUAAAUUCAGCUUGUACUGAUGAAAACGGUUGUGUUUUUGUAUUUGGUGAAAGAGGAAUUGAAAAAUUGCGUUUAAAGGAGAUGAGCGAUGCAACAAAACCAUCCUUGAUCAGUGAACUUCCAUCCUCAAAAGAAGUUGCUUGUGGUGGCUACCACACCUGUGUCCUGACAAAUUCUGGUGAGCUUUAUACUUGGGGUUCAAAUGAAAAUGGCUGCCUUGGUAUUGGUUCCUCAGAUGUCAUUCAUCUACCUGAAAAGGUUCAAGGGCCAUUCUUGAAGUCUUCUGUUAGCCAGGUUUCUUGUGGUUGGAAGCAUACUGCAGCCAUUUCUGAAGGAAGAGUGUUCACGUGGGGCUGGGGAGGUUCCAAUGGGACAUUCUCUGAAGUUGGACAUUCUUCUAGUGGACAAUUGGGUCAUGGAAGUGAUGUGGAUUACAUAAAUCCUACAAGAGUUUGCUUUGGAGAAGAUGUGAAAGCAUUGCAAGUUUCAUGUGGGUUCAAUCAUACAGGUGCUAUACUUGAAUAUGCAUAGGUUGGCUGCUCCAAUAAUUCAUAAUUAUUGGUAAUUCUUCAAGAAAGAUUCAGAAUGUGAUUCAUCUCUUCAUGUAUCUUCUACACAUCACCAUGCAUAUCUUCUAAUCCAGGUGGUUGCAGCAUGCCCCAAUUGAAGCAUAUAUUAUCUAUCUGUUGUAUUAUACCAUUUUUUUUCUCAGGAAUAUAUAUACACACAAAAAUAAAGCUUCCAGAGAUGUACAAUACUUGUGUAAAGAAAGAGCAAAGACAACUGCUUCAAAUAAAUAAUGCAAGGGAAUGACAGCAGAGAAUGAGAUAAGGGGGAAAUUGUUCCUAGGUUUAUUAUUAUUUUUGGUUAGCUGAGUUAAUACUACUUACUACAGAAACAGGUAAAUGCUUAUGUCAUUUGCUCUUCUUCUAGAAUUAUUUAAAGUAACUCGUCAGUUGGCGUUGCAAUUAUAUGAGCCUAUAUGUCUUGCUAUUUGUCA